AUGUAUGGGAACACCGCGCUGCAUUACGCAGCUCUGAAUGAUGACUUAGAACUGGCAGAUCUACUGCUUGCCUACGAUGCAAAUAUCGAGGCAAAAACAAAGGAAGGCUUCACGCCAUACCUCCUUGCUCUACAGGAAAACAAAGAUUUUAUAGCAGAAUUUUUGGAACACAUGGGCGCAGAUAUACAUGCGGAGGAGCUGCUGGAUAGGAAACACCGUAAAAUGCACCGCAGGAGGAUGUGUAAGCAUACAGUGCGACAUCGAGAAGCAGCUCGCAGUACUUCUCCGAGCUUCUAUCGCAGGGCGACCAACAGAGGUGCUCGUGAUUCUGAAACUGAAAGAGACGAGCAAGACAAUGACUUCAAUGCCCAGGUUGAACGAGUGAGGAAGAAAUGCUUACUUAAGGAACUGACAGGCUCAGAGAAGUUACAUCGUAGAGCCGCAGCUACUGUUUCUGCUGCUGCCGACCCUGCUGCCCCUGGUUCUGGUAGCGCAGCUCCUGCCUCCUCUGCCGCUGCUGCUGAUGGCACUGAUCCUCCUGUUCCUGCUACUCCUGCCCCUCCUGCUUCUCCUGCCCCAACUUCUACUCCUGCCACUACUAUCCCUGAUGUUGACCCAUUCGAUUCUCCUGCUCCUUCUGCUUGUGAUACUCUGGAUGGUUCUGAUGCUCCGGAUGCACCUCAUAUUCCUGAUGGUACCGAUACUCUGCAUGGUCCUGAUUCUCCAGAUGGUCCUGAUUCUCUGGAUGUUCCCAAUCCUCUGCAUGAUCCUGAUACUCCCACUGACCUUUCUGCUCCUGCUGAUCAUGCUCCCCUUUCUUCUCCUAUAUAUCUGCACCUGCUCUUCCUCCUCGUCUUGCUUGUCUUCUUCCACCUGCCCCUGCCAUUCCUCAUGCCCCUGUUGUUCCUGCUGCUCCUAGUGAUGCUUUGUCCUUACCGUCCUCAUGCUCCCCUUGCCUCAUCUGCACCGGACACUGCUGAUGGUCCGGACACUUAUGAUGGUCCAGAUACUCCUGAUGGUGCAGACACUCCUGAUGAUCCAAACACUACUGAUGGUCCGAAUAUCACUGAUGGUAAUGAUAGUCCCAAUGGUCCAGACAAUUCUGAUCGUCCAGCUAAUGCUGAUGGUCCAGACACUCCAGAUGGUCCGUACAUUCCUGAUGGCUUGGACACUUCUGAUGGCCCAGUAUUUCCCGAUGGUUCAAAAUAUCCUGAUGUUCCAGACACAGCUAAUGGUCCAUAUACUUCUGAUGCUCCAGAUAGUACCAAUGUUUCAGAAUAUCCUGAUGGUCUGGUCACUCAUCAUGGUCCAGUAACUUCCAAUGCUUCAGAUAACCCUGACCUUCCAGUCACUCCUGAUGGUCUGGACGCUUGUGAUUGUCCAGAUACUAUUAAUGAUUCAGACAAUACGCAUGGUCUGGUCACUCCUGCUGGUCCAGACACUCCUGAUGAUCUACACACUCCUGGUGGACAGGAUAGUCCUGAUAGUUCAGAUGAUCCCGAUGGUCCUAACACCUGUGAUGUUCCAGUUACUCAUGAUGGUCCGGAUAACCAUGAUGAUCCGGACACUUUGGAUGGUCCAGAUAAUACCGUUGUAUUAGAUAAUCCUGUUGGUCCAGACACUCCUGAUGUUUCGGACACUUCUGAUGGUCUGGAUAAGCCUGAUGGUCCAGAUAAUCCCGAUGGUCCAGACACUCGCGAUGGUCCAGACACUCCUCACAGUAUGGACACUUGUGAUGAUCCUGAUACUUCUGCUGUUCCCGAUACUUCUGAGGCUCCCACUACUUCUGUUGGUUUUGAAAUUUCUAAUGGUUCCAGUACAUCUGAGAAUCCCCGUGUUUCUGAUGGUCCCGAUGCUCAGGAUGGUCCUGAUUCACCUGCACCUCCUGCUGCCCUUCUUGAUCCUGCUAUUACUGUGGAUGCUGAUGUUCCUGCCCCUCGUUCUGUUCCUGCCGAUGGUCCCGCAUCUCCUAAGGCUGCUGACUAUGAUGAUGAAGAACAUGCUCUAAAAGCCGUGAAAGACGUUCCAACUAAGGAGAAAAAUGAUAAAAAUGAAAGUGCUUGUCCUUUGGAGAAAGGAAACAAACAUGAAAUUACAAAAAGUCCAUUGAAAGAAUUGGUGAGAAUACCAACACCUAAGACAUCUAGUGCAGAAAUGGACACACCGAAGGGAGUGAGCGGUCAUCUCGUGUCAGAUUCCACCAUCAGAAUGGAACGUAAUAAUCAAGCAUUUUCAUACAAAUGCCUAAUGAAUGGAGCCCCCUGCCCUCUGGCAGAAGAAAAGAAAAGUGAAAAUAGCAAAUUCACUACAAGCGAAUCCGUGUCUGCAUCAACCAGCGCGGGGUCUCCUUUUGAAAUGGGGACUGUGCCCGAACCGCAAGUUGACGGCAGUCACGUGUCCGGUGAUCUACACCGAACUGGGAGAAGAAAUGAAAGAGCCUAUCCUUUGGAGAAAGGAAAUAAAAGUGCAAUUACAAAAAGUCAAUUGAGAGAAUUGGUGAGAAUACCAACACGUGAGACAUCCACUUCAGACAUGGACUCUCCUUACGGUCCUGACACUUCUGGUGUCCCAGAUACUCUUGAUGGUCCGGACACCCACGAUGGUCUGGACACUUGUGAUGGUCCAGAUACUACCACUGUUUCAGAUCAUCCUGAUGGUCUGGACACCCCUGAUGGUACAGACACUUCUGAUGGUCCACAUAAUCCUGAUGGUCCAGACAUUCCUGAUGGUCCGGACACUCCUGAUGGUCCAGAUAUUCCUGUUGGUUCAGAUAAUCCUCAUGAUCCGGACACUCCCAGAUGUACUUCUGAGAGUCCCCGUGUUUCUCAUGGUCCCAAUGCUCAGGAUGGUCCAGAAUCUCCUGCUCCUCUUGCUGCCCUUCUGGAUCCUGCUAUUUCUGAGGAAGCUGAUGUUCCUGCCCCUCUUUCUGUUCCUGCCGAUGGUCCGGCAUCUCCUAAUGCUGCUGACUAUGAUGAUGAAGAACAUGCUCUACAAGUUAGUCCACUGUCAGAUUGGAACGUAAUGAUCAAGCAUUUUCAUACAAAUGCCACAGAUACUCUUGAUGGUCCGGACACCCACGAUGGUCAGGACACAUGUGAUGGUCCAGAUACUACCACUCUUUCAGAUCAUCCUGAUGGUCCGGACACCCCUGAUGGUACAGACAUUUCUGAUGGUCCACAUAAUCCUGAUGGUCCAGAUAUUCCUGAUGGUGCGGACACUCCUGAUGGUCUGGAUAUUCCUGUUGGUUCAGAUAAUCCUCAUGAUCCGGACACUCCCGAUGGUCCAGACACUCCUUACAGUCUGGGCACUUCUGAUGAUCCUGAUCGCUCUGAUGUUCCUGAUGCUUCUGAGGGGCCCAGUACUCCUGUUGGUCCCAUAACUUCUGAUGGUUGCAGUACUUCUGAGAGUCCCCGUGUUUCUCAUGGUCCCAAUGCUCAGGAUUGUCCUGAAUCUCCUGCUCCUCUUGCUGCCCUUCUGGAUCGUGCUAUUUCUGAGGAAGCUGAGGUUCCUGCCCCUCUUUCUGUUCUUGCUGAUGUUCCCGCAUCUCCUAAUGCUGCUGACUAUGAUGAUGAAGAACAUGCUCUACAAGUUGUAAAAGUCGUUCCCACAAAGGAGAAAAAUGAUAAAAAUGAAGGUGACUGUCCUUUGGAGAAAGUAAACAAACGGGAAAUUACAAAAAGUCCAUUGAACGAAUUGGUGAGAACAUCAACACCUAAGACAUCUACUGCAGAAAUGGACACGUUGAUGGAAGUGAACGGUCAUCGUGUGUCAGAGUCCACUGUCAGAUUGGAACGUAAUGAUCAAGCAUUUUCGUACAAAUGCCACAGUCAGUUAAUUCUGACUGGAAUUGCAGGUGACUGCGUUUUCUGGAGUAGUAUGCAAAAGCAGUAUCUUAAUGGAAUGCAACAUGCAAAGGAUGUGCUGACAAGAAAGUAG